AUGGACGAAAAAGAUGAUUUUGAUGUAUUCAUCGAAACGGCAGAAAAUGUCGUUCGCCUGAUAGAAUCUGGCCAAGAUGCUGAAUAUGAGAAAUAUCAAUUAGCAAAACAAGCUGAUCUAGUGAGUUCCUCCAACAUUCCACUUGCUGAUGAUGUACCAGCCAUUGUAUGCAAAAUUCUAGCUAAUCAUAAGCGCUCUGUUAAAACAGAAAAUAUCCAAGAUGUUAGAAAGCGCCGAAAAAGUGAAACUUCUAAUUCCGAUAUUAACGUAGGUGCACAGAAUCUUUUCUCCCCAGAAUCUGUAAAUUCCAGACAAUAA